CAGCUCGCGCCUCACAAUAACAAUCUUGGCUUCCAUGGUCAGAGGAUAUUCUAUAUCUAGCCUCUUACGUGGAUAGAAAUCCCGUACAAUCCUCUUGUUCUCUCCAAUUCCCGGAAAUCCUGCCCAAAAUGGCGAUGAAUCUAGAUUUGUCGAACGCUUCGAUGAUGAGGGAUGAGCAGGGAAGACCCUUCAUCAUUGUCAGAGAUCAAGGCAAGAAGAAGCGGCAGUUCGGUAACGAGGCUGUCAAGUCACACAUCCUUGCUGCACGUACGGUCGCAAAUAUCGUAAAGACCUCGCUCGGCCCGCGGGGCCUUGACAAGAUCCUCAUUUCACCCGACGGCGACAUCACAGUGACCAACGAUGGCGCAACGAUCCUGCAACAGAUGGAGAUUACGAACCACGUAGCGAAGUUGUUGGUCGAGCUGUCCAAGUCGCAGGACGACGAGAUUGGCGACGGCACCACUGGCGUCGUCGUUCUUGCCGGUGCCCUGCUGGAGCAAGCAGCAGAGCUCAUCGACAAGGGUAUCCACCCCAUCCGAAUUGCAGAUGGGUACGAUCAGGCUUGCGACAUUGCGGUGGCCGAGCUGGACAGGAUCUCAGAUGUGGUCGAGUUCGACAGGGAAGACACUGCGAAUUUGGUCAAGGUUGCGCGGACAAGUUUAGGGAGCAAGAUCGUUUCCAAAGCCUACGAUCUGUUUGCGAACAUAGCCGUCGACGCAGUGCUCUCCGUCGCCGACUUGGAGCGAAAAGAUGUCGACUUCGAACUAAUCAAGGUCGACGGGAAGGUCGGCGGCGCGUUGGAGGAUACCCUUUUGGUCAAGGGUGUAAUAGUCGACAAGGACUUCUCACACCCUCAAAUGCCGUCCGAGGUUCGCGACGCAAAGAUCGCCAUCUUGACCUGCGCGUUCGAGCCGCCGAAGCCAAAGACCAAGCAUAGGCUCGAGAUUACAGGCGUCGAGGAGUUCAAGAAGCUGCAGAACUACGAGCGGGAGAAGUUCAUCGAGAUGAUUCAGCAAAUAAAGGCCACCGGCGCAAACCUGGCGAUCUGUCAAUGGGGUUUCGACGACGAGGCGAACCACCUUCUCCUGCAGAACGAACUCCCCGCCGUGAGGUGGGUUGGUGGCCCGGAGAUUGAGCUGAUUGCCAUCGCUACAAAUGGCAGGAUAGUUCCGCGAUUUGAGGACCUUAGCGCGGCGAAGCUGGGCAAGGCGGGCAUCGUCCGAGAGAUGACCUUUGGUACUACAAGGGAGAAGAUGCUUGUCAUUGAGGAGUGUGCAAACACGCGGGCGGUGACCGUCUUCAUCCGGGGUAGCAAUAAGAUGAUCAUCGACGAGGCCAAGCGCUCCCUCCACGAUGCGCUCUGCGUCGUGCGGAACCUGGUCCGGGACAACCGUGUCGUCUACGGCGGCGGCGCUGCCGAGAUCGCCUGCAGCCUGGCGGUCGAGGAUGCCGCCGUCAAGACCCCCGGCCUCGAGCAGUACGCCAUGCGCGCCUUCUCCGAGGCCCUCGACGGCAUCCCCAUGGCACUCGCCGAGAACAGUGGUCUGAACCCGAUCGCAACGCUGGCCGAGAUCAAGAGCCAGCAGGUCAAGUCGCCAAACGGCCGCGGCCGCAAGGGCGUUGACUGCAUGGGCAGUGGAAGCAACGACAUGAAGGAGGCGUUCGUGAUCGACCCACUGAUUGGAAAGAAGCAGCAGCUCAUGCUUGCCACGCAGCUCUGCCGCAUGGUGCUGAAGGUGAACAACGUGAUCGUGGCGGGCACGGAUGAGAAUGACUUCUAGACCUUACGUUGCGAGGUAUUUAGGGGGGCGUCAUGAUAAAAAAAGCACCCUGUGUAUGGCUUAAUGGAUUUACUACCAUAGACAUGUACAACGCAGAAGGGGAUCCGAGAGCCGGUCAAGGUCCCAUCAUAACUGCGGCUAUGUUUUGCGAUGUGAUGCUCCUCCGCCCUCGACGCUGACACAGAACUCUAUGUCACGCCUGAACGGUGAUUAUAUAAGACAUUCAUGGCCUGCUAGGAUUCUAUUGCAGACGCCUUUUUUUGCCAGACACGCCUUGCCGAUACCCGAGUAUAUAUCCACAAUAGAAAUA